UACUGACCGCAAAGUAUGUAAACAGAGAGUAAAAACAGUACAAACAAAAGACGACAAAUCAAUGCUGCCCACUCUCAAAUAUAUGCUAUGCAAAGGCUCCCAACGACCAGGCUUAAUUAUAUUAAGCUUGCUGUGAAACCUAAGUAUGUGGCUACAAGCUCACAUUCCAAGCAACAAGCUGCUACAAGACCACAACAAGCCAAAUCAUUCAACUCAAUCCCAGGACCCAAGCCUCUGCCAUUACUAGGGAAUCUGUUGGAUAUAGCCAAGGUUAUAAAGAGUGGUGGACUAACAUUCGAGUACUAUGACAAAGAAUUGAAGAAAUGUGGAGAAGAAAUCAUAAAGAUUACUUUACCAGGAGUUGGUACCAUGGUGAUAGUGGCGGACCCUGAUGUACUGGAGGAGGUACUCAGAGCUGAAGGGAAAUAUCCACAGAGAGACAAGUUGUUUAGUCCAAAGAGAAAAUGGUUCUUUGAUCAUACUGGAAUUCCAGCUGGAGUAAUUCAGGAAGGUGAAGGCUGGAAGCAACAGCGUGUUGCAAUCAGCAAGCAAGCACUGCCCCGGAAUGUGAACAGCUACAUUGAGGGCCUGAACCCUAUCUACACUCGAUUCUCUGACCACCUGAGGAGCGUAAGGAAUGAAGAUGGUUUGAUUGAGAAUAUAACUUCUCUUUCUCGAAAAUUAGCUAUGGAAGCGACUGGGAAGUUUGUGUUUGAUGCUGAUCUGGAUCUGCUGGUUAAUCCGAAAGAAGAGGACAUCAAAUUCCUCGAUAAAGUCGAUCAGCUUUUCGAGGGUAUGGGAAGGUUGGCGUAUGAGCUUCCUCUGUUCAAGAUCUACAAAAACAAUCUGUACCACUUCUACUUGGAUGCUUUACAAGGAAGCUAUGAUCAUAGUAGCAAGUACGCCAACAGGUUGCAGGAGAAGCUGGAGAGAGGUGAGAGCAGUGAAGUACAGGGGAUGCUGGAGCAAUGGCUGAGAGAGAAGAAGAUGUCCACUAAAGAAGCUGUGGCAAUGUCAGCUACAAUGUUUACCGCUGGGAUCCACACAACUGCCUAUCAGUCCACAUACCUCCUGUUUGAGUUGGCUAAGAACCCUGAGGUCCAGGAGCGGCUCUACCAGGAGAUACAGAGUGUGGUGGGGGAGCGACCUCCCACAGCUCAGGACCUAGAGGCAAUGCCGUACCUCAGAGGAUGCAUCAAGGAGAGCCUCAGAGUCAGGUCAGUUAUAAAUCUCUUCUCUCGUGUUCUGAAAAAAGAUGCCGUCGUCCAUGGUUACCAUGUACCUGCUGGGGUGAACUUGGUAUACUUGAGUUACACGGCUGCAAAGAGUGACAAAAUGUUUGAUGAGCCAUCACAGUUCAAGCCAGAGAGGUGGAUGAGAAAGGACGGACCACAGCAGCAUCCCUUCUCAAUACUGCCAUUUGGGUUUGGACCCAGACAAUGUUAUGGGAAAAGAUUUGCUGAACUAGAAAUGAAACUACUGCUGGUUGAAUUGGCUCGAAACUUUACUCUAAAGACAAACAAGGAGGACUUGAAGAUAGUUGAAAAGCUGAUAGCCACAGUGGAGGAGGACGUCCCUCUUUUUUUAACUGACAGAAAUUAAUCAACAGGAACUAUUAUUUUUGAAUCUGUGGUGGGUGUAAUGACUAGCCUCGGUCCCAGGCCGAUUUUUUUUU